AUGUCGUCAAAUAUAAUAACUGAUCAACAAUGUUUAGUCAUUGAUGACAAUGAUAAUCCACCCUCAUAUCAAGAUGCAACAAAUCAAGGCUAUGGAACAUUCAUUAAUUCAUCUAGAACAACCAAUACUUUAUCGUAUCCUUAUUUAUUUGAUUCUCAACAACCUACAGUAAUAAUACUUGGCGGAUGUCCAGCUUGCAAAGUUGGCAUGUUAGAUACUGAAUUUACAUGUUUGGGUCUAUGCUGUGCAAUAUUCUUUUUCCCAAUCGGAAUUCUUUGUUGUUUAGCACUUCGACAACGACGGUGCAAUUUUUGUGGAGCUAUUUUAGAUUGA